UGCUAUUAAAAGACCUCAAAUCCCAAAGUAUUGCUGUGCCCAGGCGGCUGUCAUGUCCGAGGCACUCUGUGACUGAGCUGCUGAGUCGAGCUGCUGCAGCUCCUCAGGAGAGGAAUCAAACGACACCUGCAGAGGCCUGAGACGCAUCACGUUCAUUAGAUCCUAAAACGUUCUCCGACAUCUCAUCUCAUCUCAUCUUCAUCACCAGAGAAAAAUCAUUUACCAUCUACAAAGAUAUUCUCCAAGAGAUGGACCCAACAUGGACGACCACUGUUCUCCUAGUUCCCUGUGUUGUCGUGCUGACAGCUGGAUUUUUCUACCUCUAUGGUUGGAUUGUUGGUCUGUUGACAAAAACGUCCGUACGCAAUAAGGUGGUGGUUUUAUCUGACGCCUUAUCUGGGCUCGGAAAAGAAUGCACAGGUGUGUUCCACAAAGGAGGAGCCAGGUUGAUCCUCUGUGGGAAAAACUGGGAGAAGCUUGAAGAACUUGCUGAUGAUUUGGCGAACGCCUCAGACCCCACUGUAACGUUUCCUCCUAAACUGGUGCUACUGGAUUUUGGGGAUAUGGAGAGUAUGCCUGACGCCAUCGAAGAGAUCCUGGACUGUUACGGCUGCCUGGAUGUUCUCAUGCUAAACAACAGCAUGAAGGUCAAAGCACCUGCACACAGUGUGUCGCUGGAGAUGGACAAGCUCCUGAUGGACAACAACUACUUUGGACCAGUCACACUGGCUAAAGGUGUGCUACCCUCCAUGAUCUCCAGAAGAACUGGUCACCUGCUCCUCAUCAACAGUAUCCAAGGGAAACUCGCUGUUCCUUUCCGCUCUACAUAUGCAGCCUCCAAACAUGCAGUUCAGGCCUUCUUUGACUGCCUGAGAGCUGAGGUGGAAGAGUAUGGCAUCUCCGUCAGCACCAUCAACCACACCUUCAUCAGCAGCACCGCGGCUGUAAACACAGAGGCAGCCUCCUCCAAAUCCUUCUGGUCACUGCUGUACACUAAGAAACCCCUCGGCGUUUCCCCAGACGAAGCAGCCGCUGAGAUCGUCAAGACGUUGAACAACAAGAAGAAAGAGGUGGUAAUUGCUCCCUCCCUCCCAAAGGUGGCCGUCUACGCCAGAUCCUUCUUCCCUAACGUGUUCUUCGCCGUGAUGGCUGCGGGAGUGAAGAACACUGCUGCCUUUGAGAAGAUGUAGUGCUGUGGUGUGUGAUGUUUACAUGGAGACUAAGGCCUGAGGGUUUCUGGUGAAGGUGGAACAAAUCAAUGGAAAUUAUAGAAACAAGUACUUUAAAGAAUGUAUUGUUGGUCUUAAACAGACUUAUGUGUAAAAUCAUGAUUUAAAAAAUAUGUAGCCUGUAUUUAAAAAAAAAGUUUAGGUUGUAAUGAUAUUAUGUACAAUUACACAUAUCAGAAAGUUCUCUGUAUACUGUAUUGCUUCACAUACUUAACAUGAUCAUGGAAGUAAGGAACUUGCUUAAAAAAUGUUGCAACUGUUCCUGUGUUUGGAUGAAAAUAAUUAUGAGUAUCAAUAAAAGUAUUCAUGUGUAUUAUAUAGAA